GCACAUGUGGUCAAUCCUUGACUCAGAUUCAGGCAUGUUCUGACACACGACAUAGGCGCUAGAUUUCCACGUCUUUCCCGCAGGCGCUUCUUGCGUCGUUCGAUCCCCCUCCGCUAACAACCGUCGGGGUGGGUUGUGAUCCUCGUCGUCCGGUGCCGCUCGCCAUCGCACCGCCGCACUGCAACCCUAUCGCUCCCAUUACCCCUCGCAUUGCGACGUAGCGACCCUCUGCUGAGCCAUGGCCCAAGGAGGGUCUGCGGGGCGCGAAUCUACGGGCGCUGCGACAAGGGAGGGCGCGGAUCAGACGGCGGGUGAAGCGGGGAUGGGAGCGGCUGAGGCGUUCAGCUCGAGCGAGAGUCUGGCGGCGGUCGGGCUGGGCCUGGUGGAGGUGCACCUGGCCGCCAACGAGAGCCCCGCGUCGCGCGAAAAGCGCAUCCGUGCUCUAUUUCUGGCGUUUGACACGGAGAACCGAGGCGCGCUGACGCGGAGGCAGAUCGAGCGGGGCUUGGCGCGCAUGGGCGUUCCGGUGGACUACAAGUUCUCCAAGGAGCUGCUCGCCGCCAUCGACCAGAACGGCGACGGCGUGUGCGACUACAGCGAGUUCCACCGCUACAUGGACUGCAAGGAGGUGCAGCUGUACCGCCUCUUCCAGCGCAUCGACACCGACUUCGACGGCUCCAUCUCCAUGGAAGAGCUCGCCGCUUCCCUUGAACAGGACGGCAUCCAUCUGCUGCCCGGCGAGCUGCACGCCUUCAUGUACCGCAUGGACCGCAACCACGACGGGGUCUUGUCGUUUGCCGAGUGGCGCGACUUCCUGCUGCUUUUCCCCCACCGCGCCACCUCUGUUGCCACCGUCUACGAGUACUGGGAGCGAGUGCAGCAGGUGGACAUAGGCGAGCAGCCCGUCAUCCCCUCGGGCCUCUCCGCCUCGCUCUCCUCGUCCCCCGACGCCUCCGCCCUCGCCUGGCGCUACUUCCUGGCGGGCGGCGUGGCGGGCGCCGUGUCGCGUACUGCCACGGCGCCGCUGGACCGCCUCAAGGUGCUGCUGCAGUGCGCCAAGCAGACCGCCAGCCCCGCUACUGCCGCUGCUGGUGCGGGUGCUGGUAGUGCUGGUAGUGCUGCCACAAGUGCUGUUCGUGCUAGUGGUGCCGCUGUGAGUGCUGUGCAGGCAGUAGCAGGGGGUGCAAAGGCGGGUGCAUCUUGUGCAGGUGUCAGCCGACCAACAGUUGCUGCAGCGGCAACAACAGUAGUAGCAACGGCGAGGGCAGCAGGGAGACUGACCAGUGCGACCGUUCUUGACAGACCCUCGCCAGCUGCCACAGCACCCCACGCAACAGUCCCAGCAGCAGCAGCAGCAGCAGCAGCGCAAUCACCUGCCCCCACUUACCUCCACCACCCAACCCCAUCCCAUGCCACUCCUCCCUCCCCCUCCGCCUCCUCCCCUCCUCCCCACCACCCCCGCCGCCGCCACCCCCGCUGGCAGUUCUCCCUCCUCCGCACCCCCGCUCCCCUACCCCAUUCUCUCGCACUGCAACCCUCUGCAGCAGCAUCAGCCGCCCACCUGCCGCCCAGCACGCCUUAUUGGCAGCACAACUUGCAGCCCGGGCGGCACGGCACUAGUGCGGGGCGGCUGACGCUGUGGCGGGCGACGCAGCAGGUGUACGGGGAGGGCGGCGUGGCGGCGUUCUUCAAGGGCAACGGCAUCAACGUCGUCAAGGUGGCGCCUGAGUCCGCCAUCAAGUUCUACGCCUACGAGCUCUUCAAGCGGGCGCUGGGGUCUGCUGCUGAUGGUGCUGGCAGCAAGGCUGCGGAGACGCCCCUCUCGCGCCUGGUGGCGGGCGGCAUGGCGGGCGCGGUGGCGCAGACAGCGGUGUACCCGCUGGACCUCGUCAAGACGCGCCUGCAGACCUACCACCUCACGUACGGACGAAGUCCGCCGCCCCUCGCCGCCUUGACGGUGGAGAUCGUGCAGCGGGAGGGCGUGGGCGCGCUGUUCCGCGGGCUGCUGCCGUCCAUCCUGGGCAUGAUCCCCUUCGCCGGCAUCGACCUGGCCGCGUACGAGACGCUCAAGGACGCCUUCACGCCCUGGAUUGAAAGGCGCCCAGAGGCGGCGCCACUGCUGCAGCUGGCGUGUGGCACGGUGUCGGCCACCGUGGCCGCCACACUCGUCUUCCCACUGCAGGUCAUCCGCACACGGCUGCAAGCUCAUGUCACCACACCGCACGCACCGAGCAGCAAUCCGAGACUAGGAGGGUCGGCAGCAGCCCUGGCAUCUGCAUCAGUGGGCAGAAGGGGCCCGUCCAUGGGCGAUGUGACGCGGGAGCUUUGGCAGGAGGGCGGCGUGCACGCCUUCUUCCGAGGGGUGGUGCCCAACCUGCUCAAGGUGGUGCCCGCUGCUAGCAUCACGUAUGUCACGUACGAGCACAUGAAGAAAGUGCUCGCUAUAGGAUAGGCCGAGAGUGCCGUCUAAUUAAUGUUAUGUAGUGGAUGAGAGCCUGUUCAGGGUGUGACAGCGCUUGCAUUAUUGAUGGUCCCAUAUUGCUCACAUUUCA